AGCACUUUUUUAUCGUCUAUUUUCUUACCUCCUUCUCUUGUCUUUCUGUGUUUAUCGUACCUAGUAUCGUACCGCAAUUGUAGCAAUUUUUACGUAACGUACUGUCUGUUGCUGUGCCGGUGUACUCGUAUAAGUACUGGGCACAUAUACUCGUAGAGUGUAACGUAUCUUUCGAGAGACGUGAUUUGGUUCGAAUAGGCAAUUUGAGUCAAUAUGACGUUAGUACAGCCUACUCCAGAACAACAAUCGCGCAUUCGAGUUGAACUGAACGAAGAUGUCAGCACCAGAGAUAGUGAUUUGAUGCACAUCAAGGAUUGGCUCAUGAGACAACCACAUUUGCCCAAUUGGGAAGAUGACGCAAGAAUAAUGACCUUCUUGCGUGGUUGCAAAUUCUCGCUCGAGAAGACAAAGAGAAAGUUGGAUAUGUAUUUCACAAUGAGAGCCGCAGUUCCUGAAUUUUUCAGCAACAGAGAUCCGACACUUCCAGAAAUCAAAGAAGUCAUGAGAAUAGUAAGCAUUCCUCCGUUACCAGGCCUUACAAAAAAUGGCCGAAGAGUGGUCAUAAUGAAAGGAGUUGAUAUGGAGCAAGUUGCUGCAACAGUAGCCGAUGGAAUGAAGGCCGUUUUGAUGAUCGGUGACAUUCGUUUGAAAGAAGAACAAAUUGGAGUAGCCGGAGACGUUUAUAUUUUGGAUGCUGCGGUCGCCACUCCGCAAAAUUUCGCUCAACAUUUCGCCAAGUUUACGCCGGCUCUGCUGAAAAAGUUCUUUAUUUGUGUCCAGGAAGCUUACCCAGUUAAAGUGAAAGAAGUUCACGUCAUCAAUGUGUCACCUUUGGUUGAUACAAUCAUCAACUUCGUGAAACCUAUUCUUAAAGAAAAAUUACGUGAAAGAAUUUACGUUCACCAAAAUCUUCAAUCUUUGUAUGAAACCGUACCAAAAGAAAUCCUACCCGAAGAAUAUGGCGGUUUUGCUGGUCCUAUCGCUGAUAUAAAUCAGCAAUGGUACGAAAAAAUGUGCAGUUACCGUGACUGGUUCGCAGCUGAAGAGAAAAUUAAAGCGGACGAAUCAAGACGACCCGGAAAACCCAAAACCCACGAUGAUCUUUUCGGAAUGGAAGGUUCUUUCAAGCAGUUAUCCAUCGAUUAAGUUUCCUGGCACAAUGAUACCUAUUUAUCUAUAGUUAAAGUUUUAUUUCCCUUCUUUUUUUUACUCGCAUGAAACGAAUCUGUAUUAUGACUAAUUUUCUAUAUUAUUUUUAAGCCAAAGACAUUACUGUACGUAUAUCUAUUUUGUGUAUCGCACAAAAUUCAUAUAUUACCAAUAAAUGUUAUCGUAUGCAUAAAAACGUGAA